UGUAAAACAAAAACCUUACAUCAAAUCAUCAAAAUGGAGAAGGAGAAAAAUCGCAGUACUCGCAAACAAAAUCAUCAACCAGCCAUUAAUAUUCCGCGAUCACCAGCUAAUUCUCCACGAUUACUAAGAAGCAAAAGUGGAAUGUCACUCCCCGAAAUUCACACCUACUCAUCAAUAGACCCUGUACCAAGUCUUGUCAAUCGGUCAAAAUCAACGACGAAAAUGAGAACUUAUAGAGGAGAAGAAAAUGUUAGCCCAUUGAUGAGAAGCCCAAAUUAUACACAAAUCAAGACGACUAAAAAGUCGUCUCAAGAAAAUGGAGAUCAUCAUAGUUUUGGUAAAUUCUUACAACGCAAUAAUCAGAGUAAGAUUAGUACUAAUUCUUCUUCUGCAUGGGCAUUGUCACCAGGACGUCCAUUGCCUAAUACGGUCCCUAAGUCGCCGAGUACAAGAAAAUUGAAAGUGGAGUCUAAGGAGAAUAGUGGUGGCGGUCGAGGCGGUGUUGCUGGGGUUUUGAAGUAUUUUAAGCAGAAAAAAGUGUCACCUGUAUUAGAAGAAGAUUUUCAUCAAUAUAGGAUUAUGAAUAAUAGGUUGGUACAAUGGAGGUUUGUCAAUGCUCGUGCUGAGGCUUCUAUGGCUACAAUCAAGAAGGUUGCACAGAAGAAAUUGUUCAAUGUAUGGUUAAGAAUCUCGAUAAUGAGAAACUUUACUGCAGAGAAGAGAAUUCAAGUGCAAAAAUUGAAGCACGAAAUUAAAAUAAACCGAAUAAUGAAUUCUCAAGGUCGUUUACUUAGAGAAUGGCAAAGAUUAGAGGUCAAAAAUUCUGAAGCAGUUGGAAGGGUGGCCAGGAAAUUGUCAGCAGUUUCUCUUUGUCUUCCACUAGUCGAUGGAGCUGAGGCAAAAGUGACGUCGGUUUAUGAUGCUGUGAUCUCAGCUGAGGAAGUCAUGGACAGUAUCGAGGAUUUUAUUAUGAAUAUGCAAUGGGAGGUUGAGCAGUCAUGUUUUUUGCUCACAGAGCUUAUAGUCAUUUUAAAGCAGGAGAAAGAGUUUUUGGAGGAACUAGAGAAUCAUAUAAAUACAGUUUCUUCUUUAGAGGUAGAAGAGGAAACCUUGCGAGUACAUUGUAUCCAAUUGGCUAAGGAGAGGAGCAGAUAAGAAGGAGCUUGAUCUUGAAUAUAUCUUUUUUCCUUAGACCAAACACACCGUUUUGAGAUAUUCUA